UCCUGGCUGGGGGAGGACAGGGUUGCGGCGGGCGGAACGGUGUCUCCUUCACUUCGCCCUCCAGCCGCGGCAGCUGCAGCCGGACCUUGAGCGAGCCGAGCGGCCCCAGCUGCGAGCCGAGCGGCGGCAGCGGCGCCCUCAGGAGACCACCAGAUCACCUCUUCCCGCGGCCUCGCCAUGGCGACCUACGUACAGCCCUGCGUGCGGCCAAUGUGUAUCCCUCCAUCAUAUGCUGACCUUGGCAAAGCUGCCAGAGAUAUUUUCAACAAAGGAUUUGGCUUUGGAUUGGUGAAACUGGAUGUGAAAACAAAGUCAUGCAGUGGCGUGGAAUUCUCAACAUCUGGUUCAUCUAAUACAGACACUGGUAAAGUUACCGGGACUUUGGAGACCAAAUAUAAAUGGUGUGAAUAUGGUCUGACUUUCACAGAAAAAUGGAACACUGAUAAUACUUUGGGAACAGAAAUCGCCAUUGAAGACCAGAUUUGUCAAGGUUUGAAACUGACAUUUGAUACUACCUUCUCACCAAAUACUGGAAAGAAAAGCGGUAAAAUCAAGUCCUCUUACAAGAGGGAAUGUAUAAAUCUUGGUUGUGAUGUUGACUUUGAUUUUGCUGGACCUGCAAUCCAUGGUUCAGCUGUCUUUGGUUAUGAAGGCUGGCUUGCUGGGUACCAGAUGACCUUUGACAGCGCCAAAUCAAAGCUGACAAGGAAUAAUUUUGCAGUGGGCUACAGGACUGGAGACUUCCAGCUACACACUAAUGUCAAUGAUGGGACAGAAUUUGGAGGAUCAAUUUAUCAGAAAGUAUGUGAAGAUCUUGAUACUUCAGUAAACCUUGCUUGGACAUCAGGUACCAACUGCACUCGUUUUGGCAUUGCAGCUAAAUAUCAGUUGGAUCCCACUGCUUCCAUUUCUGCAAAGGUUAACAACUCUAGUUUAAUUGGAGUGGGCUAUACUCAGACUCUGAGGCCUGGUGUGAAGCUUACAUUGUCUGCUCUGGUAGAUGGGAAGAGCAUUAAUGCUGGAGGCCAUAAACUUGGGCUUGCCCUGGAACUGGAGGCUUAAUCCAGCUGAACGAAUCCUCUGGAAAUGAAUAUCAGAAGAUUUGGCCUUAAUAUAUUUCCAUUGUGACCAGCAGGCUUUUUUCUUCCCCAAGAAGGUGAUCAAAACAAAGGAUAAUCUAAACAAGAGCUGUAUUUUAAAUAUUACACAGUUACUUGUUAGCUGGUUUCUAGUUCAAUUGGUUAUCUAGUUACCAAUGCUGCAGUCGUGCAGUCAUCUAUACAUUAUUUAAAUGUAUUUAACUGUUAAAUGCGCUACCCACCAAUAAUGAAAUAGACCUUUAUGAAAACUGUG